ACGAGACGUAAUGCUGACGCGAGGGUUAGUUUCUCCUCCUACUUGCGGUGCGAGUCCUUUGUAUCUGUGUGCCUGCUCACUAUUGCCUUCAGAGCGAGCCCGGAGCCCACGGGAGGAGGAAGCCAUAGAAGCUGACCUCGAUCCACUCCAGGUCUUCAGGUGCUUUGGUGCAGCAGAUAUCAAGGCUAAGAGAGGAAACCUGCUUCUGAUUCCUGAAGAAAGAAGCAGAAAAAAACUCAACAUGGAAAGUGUCCCCAAGGAAUGCAAAGAAGGUGAGCAGGCUCCAGUGCAGAAUGAAGAAGAAGCCCGCCCCUUGGCAGGUGGUGAAGUCCAGGAGCCUGAAGGAAACAUUAGAGAGGGUGGGGCUCCACCUGCCCAGGAUGUUAGAGAGGAUGUGCCCAACGGGCUUGCCAAUAACAUGGAUAUGGUAGAUGGAGAUGCAGAUGAUAUGGAACGGUUCAUGGAGGAGAUGAGGGAGCUAAGGAGGAAAAUUAGAGAGCUUCAGUUGAGGUACAGUCUGCGCAUUCUCAUAGGCGAUCCCCCUCACCAUGACCAUCAUGAUGAGUUUUGCCUUAUGCCCUGAAUGCUGAGGUUAAGAAUAAUAAACCCCCUGCUCCUGACACUUGUACUUUUUGAUGUACCCAUUAUAGUGAAUCUUUGGUGUCCUUUUAUUUUUCUGAUUGGGCAUUUCGACUUAGUCUGUAACUUUUUCUGUCAGCAGGGGAGUUUCAUUAACUUGCAUGGAAAAAUGCUUAAUAAAUAUCACAAAGUUAAUAAAGCAGUUUAAAAAGCA